AUGCUAAAACCGUCACCCCCACUCAGUUCCUCCAAAAACCCCAUUCAGACAGAGCAAGUCUAUGACAAUGAGUCCGAGGCAGGCAAUGCUCUAGCUGGGAACCAAAUGCUGGAACACUUUAUCUGGGGAGAUCUAGAAGGCCUCGAGGAUGAAGAUCUUCACCCCCAGAGACACUUUAAGAAACAAGGAUUUAACGCGCAGCGUGAGAUGUUUGAAGAAGUUACUAAAAGUAUCCGGGGCUCAUUUGGGACGAUUCACUCAACAGACUUCGUUCCCUCCAGAUUCCUUGCAUCAUCACCCACGAAAAGCAGGAAGCUGUAA